UUUUCUCCGCUUUUUCGCGGAAAUUUCAUGCUCAAAUGUCGAAAACUGCACUGAUUAUCCUUGCUCCUGGGGCCGAGGAGAUGGAGUUCGUCAUUGCCGCAGAUGUGCUACGCCGUGCUGGUAUCAAAGUCACUGUGGCCGGCCUGAAAGACUCGGAGCCUGUGAAGUGCUCCCGCGAUGUUGUCAUCGUGCCGGACACCUCUUUGGCCAAGGCGGCCUGUGACAAGUUCGAUGUGGUCGUGCUGCCAGGCGGAUUGGGUGGAUCCAAUGCCAUGGGAGACUCUGCAGCCGUCGGAGAUCUCUUGCGCGCACAAGAAUCCGCCGGAGGACUGAUUGCCGCCAUCUGUGCCGCGCCCACAGUGCUGGCCAAGCACGGAAUCGCCGCCGGCAAGUCCCUCACGUCGUAUCCCUCGAUGAAGGAACAACUGGUGGAUAAGUACUGCUAUGUGGAUGACAAGAGUGUGGUGAAGGAUGGGAAUCUUAUCACCAGUCGCGGCCCGGGAACCGCCUACGACUUUGCCCUGAAGAUUGCCGAGGAGCUGGCGGGUUUGGAAAAGGUCAAGGAGGUGGCCAAGGGCCUGCUGCUGUCCUACAAUUAGAAAUCUCCCUCCCAUUGAUGUAAUCAAGACCUGAAGUUAUUUAAACUAUUCAGAAGAAGCAAGGAAAGGAAAAAUUUUGAAUUAAUACCAUUUUUGGCUGUGGACAGCUACACGAAUAUAUAUAUAUGUUAUUAAAUAAUAAUACGGAAAAUUAGAAAA